CUAGUUUCCCUCUCAGAGAAGAUUAGAAGGGGAAAAAGAAGAAAAGGUCGUGAAUGUCUCCGUCCCUCCUCAGGUCUCACGCAAGCUAAAAGGAUCGGAAUCCGGAAUAUUCCCGCCGCCUGUGAAUCUCCGCUGUUAUUAGACAACGGAAAAUCGUUAGUCGGUUUACUGAAGUGCAGAAGCGGCUAGUGAUGUCUCUGAGGAUAAAAUUAGUGGUGGAUAAGUUUGUGGAGGAGCUGAAGCAAGCUCUUGACGCGGAUAUACAAGAUCGGAUCAUGAAGGAGAGGGAGAUGCAGAGCUAUAUCGAAGAGCGAGAGCGCGAAGUCGCUGAGCGAGAAGCCGCCUGGAAAGCCGAGCUCUCUCGCCGUGAGACGGAGAUUGCGAGGCAGGAAGCGAGGUUGAAGAUGGAGAGAGAGAAUCUGGAGAAGGAGAAGAGCGUUCUCAUGGGGACCGCCUCGAAUCAGGAUAACCAAGACGGAGCUCUCGAGAUUACUGUGAGUGGUGAGAAGUAUCGGUGUCUUAGAUUCUCCAAGGCCAAGAAAUGAGGGCACAAAAGGGUGUGUGUACUCCUUUUCAUUAGCAAUUAGAUAUGAUGAUGAAAUGGAAAAGAAAUUGUUGAAACGAUACUAAGUUUGUGUAAUAAUUGAUUUCAGUGAAGACAAAUUUGUGUUUC